GGGAGAAGAGAGGCUGCAGACAGAGCCGGCACGGGUCAGGUUGCGUGAUUAGGCUGCUCUGAUUAUAACGUGUUUAUAAGUAGGCUUUCUGGAUGGCGUUUGAAUGUAAAUCCGCUUUGGGAAAGCACGUAAGAGGCGUCAAGGGUUGCAGUUUGGAAAAAUAAACUAAGCCUCAUUUCCUCCAUCCGCGCGUCUUUUGCUAAUCAGCAGGAAGCAGCAUUUGACUUUUAAUGCACCUGUGUGUCAUGAGAGCACCACGGGGACAGGUACGACUGCAGGGCUCAAAAUUGCAGCGUGGUUCAAAUUGGCAAAGUCUCGGCGUCAUCUAUGAAGCUUUCAAGGCCUUUUGAUUGAUCAGCCAAUCGAUGGGGAUUUUCAGAAGAGCUCCGCCCACCUUUGCUACCUGCCUUAAUCCUCCUGUCCCCUCCCCCGGCGGCCUCCUCCCAGCCCCCACCCACUCCGUCAUUCAGCCCUCAAUCCAGCCCUUAAUCUCCAAAAUGACUCUGGAACUUACUGAAUGGUCUUCUAUAUGGAUUUUUACAGCUUGUAAUAGACAGUAGGAAAAAGGGGGAGAAACCUCAAUGACAAAAAAGCCAUAAACGCACACACUACACACACACACACACACACACACACACACACACACACACACACACGUACAUACACACACACAUGCACGCACACACACACACACACACAGGCACACAAACACACAUAAACUCACCCUGGGAAUGUACCGCACACUCUUCCUGUGAAAAUUCAACUGCUUCCAUUGUUUUUUCUGGAUUUCUACAAACCUCUCGAAAGCUGAUUUCUUGUUUUUCAAAAGCCGAGAGGCAGAUUAACACUUUUGUUAAAGUUAGGCUGCAGCGUUUAGGGAGCUCAAGUUGGUUUUUAGGACAACGUGUUCAGAGAAUACUGCAUAAUACUGCUGAUUGUUUCAUUUUUUUACAUUGACAUAGUGGACAUAUAGUCCAGUUUUUCCUUCAUUUAUUUUGUUGAGUUUUAGCAGGACCCAAGAUAAAUUAAUCAUUUUUUUCAUUUUUGGGGGUUUUAUCAUAGUGGUAUUGGCACUCAGCUCUUUAACAGAAGUUUAUAUAUAACCAGGAAGUUACUACCACAUGCUGCAAUUUAUAGCUUGUAAAUAUUGCGAUUAGGUCACUACCAGUUUUAACCUUCGAGUGAUUUGACACGAGUAGUUUAAAAAAGGUGAGAGUAGUACUCUUUAUUUAUUUUCUUUGGUAGCCAAAGGUGAUCUCUCAGCGUGUCCGAGGGAGGGUGCAUUGGUUUUCUCACUGCGUGCAUGCCCUCCAACAUGCCUCCCCAGAACACAGAGGCCGACGCCACGCAGGUCGGAUCUCUGGUGGGCGGGGUUAAUGGCAAAAACACCACGGCAUCGGGGUCAGACGAGGGGAACGGAGGAGGAGGAGGAGGAGGAGGAGGUGAGCUGGAUGGAUCGGGAGGUCGAGGGGUGGAGGAGUCAGCGAGCGAGGGAUCGCUGGAAGGCAUACCGCUGAAGCGAUGGGUGAUGCAUGGCGCCGUGAUGUUCGGCCGGGAGUUCUGCUACGCCAUGGAGACGGCGCUGGUGACGCCCGUGCUGCUGCAGAUCGGCCUUCCGGAGCAGUACUACAGUCUGACGUGGUUCCUCAGUCCGGUCCUCGGACUCUUCUUCACUCCUCUGAUCGGCUCGGCCAGUGACCGCUGCACUUUGCGAUGGGGCAGGAGGAGACCGUUCAUCCUGGCUCUCUGCAUAGGGACCCUGAUAGGAGUGGCACUGUUUCUGAAUGGAUCGCUGAUCGGUCUGGCAAUGGGUGACGAGCUGGGGAGACAACCAAUAGGAAUUGUUCUUACUGUGCUGGGAGUGGUAGUGUUGGACUUUAGUGCAGACGCAACGGAGGGACCAAUCAGAGCCUACCUUCUAGAUGUGGCGGAUCCGGAGGAGCAAGACAUGGCGCUCAACAUCCACGCUGCCUCAGCAGGUCUCGGUGGUGCGGUCGGCUACGCCCUUGGAGGCUUGGACUGGACACACACCUUCCUCGGGGCAGCCUUCAAGUCCCAGGAGCAGAUCCUGUUCUUCUUCGCUGCCAUCCUCUUCUCCGCCUCUGUGGUGUUACAUCUCUUCAGCAUUGACGAGUCGCUCUAUUUACCCCAGCAUGACCGAUUAGAUCAGGAGAGUCCGGAUCGCACCAAACUGCAGCCAUCAACCAAUGGCAGGGCCGGACUUCUCGCCCCUAAGCUCGAUCUGAUCGGAGAGGAUGAAACGACGGACAGAUACGACAUCUCUAAUCAAUAUGGAGACAACCUUUCAGAGCAUGAGGAUAUGGACAUGGACUUCCUCGAGAUGGAGCUUGUGAGAAGUAAAAGUGACAGUGUUCUCGCCAUGGCAGACGCCACCCUCGACCACAUGGACCACGACGCGUUUUACCUGUGCCACUUAGAGCCGUCCAUCUUCGCUGAGCGCCUGUCCCCCUACCACGGCUCGCCUCCUGCGACCGGUAACCUCUUCAACCCCAACCGCGGCGUCAGACGCAGCAGCAGUGCGGGAAGUCAGGAACCGCUGCAAGCCAACCACCAAAUCCACCACCAAAAACACGCCACCACCCCCAGAAUUUCCCGCCUCUCAGCUUUCUUACAGGAAAUGGAAAAUGAUGAUGGUGAGGAGGCGCUGCUGAACAACCAGCUCAAUGAACAGCGGACACUGAAUGGACGGCUGUUAGCCGGGGUGAACAAUCAUAACGCGGCCAGCAGCGACAGGCUGAGCUCUAAAGGACAGGCUCAUCGUGCUGGAAUGGUUAAAGCUGCCAGUACUGGAGCCCCCAUGCGGCAGUCACGUCACCGUCCCAUCUUCUACCGCCAGCCGUCCUGUACCUUCUCCUACUACGGUCGAGUGGGGAGCCAUCGCUACCGCUACCGCCAGGCCACCGCCGCGUAUCUUAUCAAGCCGUCGCGCAGCAUGAACGACCUGUGCGACGUGGAGGCCCGACACAGGAGGAGGCAGAGGCAGAGGAAAAGACACCGCAGCGGAAACACUAACUCCUCCAGCGGGGAUACGGAGAGCGAGGAGGGAGAGGUUGAGACCACAGUGCGGCUGCUAUGGCUGUCCAUGCUGAAGAUGCCUCCGGAGCUGCUCCGACUGUGCGCCUGUCACCUGUUCACCUGGUUCUCCAUCAUUGCUGAGGCGGUGUUCUUCACUGACUUCAUGGGUCAAGUCAUCUACCAUGGAGAUCCUACCGCUCCUCUUAACUCUACUUUGUUGGAGGAUUAUCACAAAGGGGUUCAGAUGGGAUGUUGGGGACUGGUCAUAUAUGCCAUGACUGCUGCUACUUGCUCAGCUAUCCUUCAGAAGUACCUUGACAACUUUGACCUGAGCAUUAAGGUCAUCUACAUCUUGGGAACACUUGCAUUUUCCAUAGGAACGGCUGUUAUGGCAAUCUUCCCUAACGUGUAUGUUUCCAUGGUGAUGAUCAGCAGCAUGGGCAUAAUCUCCAUGAGUAUCUCCUAUUGUCCUUAUGCUCUGUUGGGACAGUAUCAUGAAAUGAAAGAGUACAUCCGGCACAGUCCCGGUAACUCCCGUAGAGGCUUUGGCAUCGACUGUGCUAUCUUAUCCUGCCAGGUGUACAUAAGUCAGAUCUUGGUGGCCUCGGCUCUGGGUGCUGUAGUGGAGGCUGUUGGCAGCGUUCGUGUCAUUCCCAUGGUGGCCUCCGGGGGCUCCCUCCUCGGAUUCUUCACCGCCCUCUUCCUGGUCAUUUACCCGACUCCAAACAACGGGGAUGGGGAGUCGGCCAAAGCCUCAAAACGGUCCCUGACCAAACUUGAAAAUCACAACAGCAACAAACUGGCUGUUACAUUGGUGAAAGAGAAACCCAGCUUCCUGAAACUCAACAAGAAGGGCAAGGCCACCACCACCACCACUGCUUCCUGUCACAUGGAGAACGAGUCUGCUCUUUAAUUGGCUGGCUCCAUUCGAUCGACAAGUUGCUGCGGAAACCGCAAAAUUCACGGGAAAAAGAUGCCACUGGAAUUUGUUUGGGAAAAUGCCGUCCACGCGGUGCUGGAGUUCACAGACACGAUGAAGGGAGAGCUUCUGCUGUCUCUUCCUUUUUCUUGAUUUGCUGAAGAAAACUUCAAGAUCUUUCCUGAGACCAGUGUCACACCAGGCCAACAAAGCACCCUGGUCCCAGUGCUGUUCCGGCCAUCCCAUAAAUUCUUUAAUCUGAUCCGUCUGGGUUUUUAAGGAGAGGUUGUCUCUGUCUCAGGGCCUCUAGGAGGUGCUGGUGAGCAGCCGGCUUGGCGAGAACGUUCAGGGGACUUGCACACAUACAUGCGCGCGCACACACACCCCUGCAUCUGGGGUCAACACAAUCGAAUGAACACAUCAACGAGGAACGUUGUAUAUGAACAUUAGUCCUUGAAGCUGCUAUCAUUAAAACAUUUCUGAAAAUUGUUCUUCCGGAAACUGGCUGGAUCGAAUCUGCUAUGAUGAUGCCGAACGGGAUCGACAUGAGGGUUUGUGAGUGUGUGUCUGCCGACGUUUUCACCAAAAUAAACUCAAUAACGAGUUGCGGGACUACUUACAGCAUUUGCAACAGUAGCUUUAAGACCGUAGAGACUCCCGCAGGCGGCGUUUCUGAAGCCGACAGCCUGGUUCUGGGUUUUUGAAAAAAUCCCUUUUUAAUCCCCGAAUGGAAUGCAAGUGUGUGUGUGAUUUUUUCCCUCCUCCACAUGGAAGGAGUGCUAAAAGUAGCCUUCACUCCAGAGGAAAGUUGACUCUAGGCUCCUCUCAGAAGUGACCCGUAAAUUGCCGGUUUCCAAUGAGGAUGUGUGUUGAGUGAAAUUCCAGGGAAAAACGUGCAGGUGCAAUAUGCGCAGUAUACAGGGCAUUAAAAUCCCAAAUAUUAUUGUCAUGAUUUAGGGCCCAGAAUGAUGCUUGUUUUGAAUAUUCUGGACUGACCUAUGCUGCAUGAUCCAGGAGCAGAGAAGAGACAAACCAAACCGCAGAGAAGAAGAGGAAAGAAAUAUGGAGUUCUCCCUCUCUCUUUCUUUCUCUCUCUCUCUGCUUUCUUGCUUAAUCUUUUUAAGAAUGCUGUUAACAAAAUGUUUGUUACUAACUACACAUUAGUGGAGCCAUUGUUUGAAAUUGGGUUAAACAGCAUCCAGUAGGAGAAGCCUAUUUGGGCUGUUGGAAGUACACAAGAAGGAUGCUCCUCAUUUGUUCCAGUGGAUCCAGUUACUCAACCAGUAAUCGCCAGGAAGUGAGUCUGGAAGUGAACACAAGAAUAUCAGAAUGAGUCCUAGAUGUAUUAAAACAAAGAAAUAUUUAAUGUAAGAGAGGCAAAACAGGUGAUUCUAAUUUAGGCUUCUUAUGUGAGUCUUUGUGGACGUCCAGGUGUCUUGGUUGCACUGUACUGGGCCAAAUAUGAGUAUAAUAUAGUAUUUUAGAUUACAUCUGUGUUUUACGCUGAAUGUAUAUCUGGAAAGGAUAGAGGGAUGACAUGAGGUAGGGUGGAAUGGGAAAAUCAGGAGCAUACAGACAUGAAAGUGUUAUUGAUCUGUGUAUACCCAAAAUGCUAAACCGUUCUUUUAAAUAUUUGAACUCAAAAGGUCAACUUUUUAAAAACUUGUUUUAAUUUGAUCGCUAAAAGACGAUGGAGUCAUAUGUUUGAAUUCAGGCAGACUAAAACUUGAGUAAAAUGCAGAAAAACACCUACAAAAUAUCAAGAAUAACUGACCAAACUACAAACACUUCAGGGCAUUGAUUGACGGAUUGAUCGAUCUUCUGCUCAGAAGCUUCUUCACCCUGCGGCUGCUGUUUCAUGAGAGCAAACAGAAGCAGGCGUGAUGGUCGAUAAGGAAGUAAAACUUUUGAGUUACGCUUUGUUUUUUAAACAUUAACACACACUGAUGACACUAAUGGGAUAAUUACAAAAACAUUAAAUGAAAACCUCAUGUGAGUUGUACGAAUCCAAACUAAACUGCUAUUAAUACUUAAUGAUUUUGAUUGUAGACCAAAAAGGCAUAUUGAUCAUGGAAUGUUUAAUUGCUAACAAUGCUGAAAGUUAAAGUGAGUUGUAAUGAGGCAAAAAGAAAUGAUUAAUAUUGUAUUAUAUAUAUUUUUUUCUGUUAAGCCUGUUGCAAUAAUAGCCUGUGUAAAUCAGCUGGAAGAGGACUGUGUGAGGGUGGUGGGGACGCCCUGCAUCUGUCAGGGGCAAUGGCUGUGGAUUUGGGUCAGUUCUCCUUGUAGCUCAAUCAGCUGAAACAUGCAAAUUGUUAGGAAUCAAAGUGUAAAUUGCAGUGACUUCAUUUACUGAUGGGAGAAUAUUUUAUUUUUGGUGUGCAUUAGAGCAUUUAACAGAUAAUCUUAUUUAUAUUUUUGGUUUUAGCAGAAAAUGUUCUCACCGAUGAUGUGGUUUCUCUCUUUUUGUUUAAUCCUGUUUCUAACAGAAUAGAUUCCUUCCACAUUUUCAGGUACAUUCAUUCAGUCCCAGUGCAGAGAGAGAGAGAGAGAGAGAGAUUGUGUUUUACUUCCUGGGGUGACCCUGCUCUGGCUGCGGUGCUGGGACAGGAUCUGAAUAUGAAAAAAGACGAGCGGAUACAGAUGCCAGAGUUUUAAAAUGGCCUUUGUAACCAGCAGGGCAAUAAUACAGUCAGAAUCAAUUAUGUACCCCCAACAUGCAUAUUUAAAAAAGCUUUGGCUUUGGCAGACUUGCAUGUGAAAACAGCAAUAUGCAUGUGUGGAACACCAAAGUAUGACUUUGUACAAAUCACUCAAGCUCUUUGUUGUCCCAACAGGUCGGGGAUGUCUUUUCUAAUGCAUGGCUGGAUGUUUGGAUCCACUUGUUUGAACCUAAAUGUGUAAACAAAAACCAAAACGGUUACUAUUUAAGCUGAAACGUUGCGCUCUGUCUGGGUCAGUACACGCUCAACAAGCACGUGGCUUUCAAAGCGUUUGCACAUUUGUUAAGAGAGUAAAGUUUGAGACGGUACACAUCUCGCCUGUGGCCCGGAGACGAGAUUUGUGUCGUCUCCCCGAGCAAAAGUGCUGUAGGCCUCGAAUACUUGAAGUGCAACUUGAGUGUUUUCUUUUUCAAUACAGUGGUUAGUCUUUAAUUUUUUUCUUUUUUUUCUUAGUGUCCCAAGCCUUUUAUUUACCGCAGACUCUGGAAUGUUCAGACAGCAGCGCGGCCUGCUGGGAGAUUUGAGUUCUUACCAUCGAUUCCAUUGUGUGACUUAAAUGUUUUUAAAAAAAGGUCAAUGAAUGUGAAGUGAUUUCAGCCGAAAUAAUUUUUGUUUUGAUGUUCGACAAGCCUGACAUUGCACAGAACUUGCACAUUAUAAGUAGAAAAAACUAACAGGAGUAGACGUGUGUUGCAAAAGGAAAAAGAAAAGUUGAUAUUUAUUUUUUAGAGGUUUCGUUUCGAGACAUUUAACUUUCAUUUCACAGGUUCCAAAAUGAGUUAAAGCUAUUUUAAUUGCUGUUACAGGAGAUGUUACAGAAGCAGACUGGAGUCUUUAUGUCUUGUGUCUUUGUGCGUGUUUGUUUGCAGUCGUCUCACAUCUGCUUACAGAGUGUUUUAAAAUGUCAUCUCAGUGUUAGUUUUGGGUUCAUGUUCUCUGUUCUCUUUGCAAUCACCUGGUUUACACUUAACUCUGGAAUCGAUGGCUGCAAUACCUGAGCUUAUUAACGCGUCUUUAUUUACUCCGUUCUGGGGUUUUAACUCAACUAGAAAAUGUAUUUUUUUAAUUCUGAAGGUAUAGCCACACAUGAGAGUUUGGCCUUUGCACUUUUUCAGUGGCAGCCAUGUUGGCUCCACGGUCCUGGUCAUUAAAUGAAUGUGGUGGCGCCGUGAUGACGUUUCAUGAUCCCAGCUGUCAGGGACAGCAGCUGCGUGGUGGAGAGGCCGUCAGUCCAACUUGGCCCGCCUCUGCGUGUGCGUGUGUGUGUGUGUGUGUGUGUGUGUGUGUGUGUGUGUGUGUGUGUGUGUGUGUGUGGCGCUGCCUCUGGUAAAGUGUUUGUUUAUGACCGUGGAGAGAGAUGCCUAUAUACUUCGAUCCUCACAGAGAUUAAAUCAAGAAAAAUACUUAAAGAAUGGGAAAGCAAGUAUGUGCAGUGUACUAUAUAUAUAUAUAUAUAUAUAUAUAAUAUGCCUUGUCAUUUGAAAAAUAAGAUGUAAAUAUACAUAUUCUUUUAGUUUCUUCUUUUUUGCUGCUAUAAAAAAAGAUGAUUAUUUUUGUUAGUAGUUUUGUUUUCUAUAUAAAGACUGUAUAUAUCUAUGUUCUGUAAAUAUGCUUGAGCCUGUAGGACUCUGGAUGAACACUGUAUGGAACGCACCUUCAAAAUCGGUUCAGAAUUAAACCUAAAAAAAGA